AUAGAUAAGCUUGGGGUCCGAUGGCAAGGAGCACAGGACCCGAACUGGUGUAAAUGGCAAAGUAUAUUUUUUAGGCGCCAAUUCCCGGACCCGUCAGUUUGGUAUGCGGCUCGAUUGGGGUUCGCUCGGUCGUGCGCUGUCAUGUCAAUGAUAGGAUUUGUUCUAGGAUUAGGCGACCGGCAUGGUGAGAACAUUUUGAUUGACGUCAUGGAGGGAGGCGUGGGUCAUGUUGAUUUCAAUCUCAUUUCCAAUGAAAAGGAUGAGUAUUUGCCUGUUCGUGAGGUGGUACCGUUCCGGCUAACGCGGAAUAUGGUGAACGGAUUCGGUCCAACCGGUGUUGAGGGCUCUUUCCGAAGAUCUUGCGAAGCAACGUUACGGGUGAUGAGAGAUAAUAAGGACACAUUACUAACACGUGGUCAGCUGAAGCUUCAUGCACCAUCGACAGAAAGUGUACAACUGAUUCUAAAACGUCUUGAAGGCCACAUUGUCUCCCCAGAGGUGUAUAAGCACAAAUUUUCGUGUGCUCCAAUGAGUCUCGAAGGGCAAGUGGCAAAGUUGAUCGACAUUGCCAGUGAUGAGAAGAAUCUCGCCCAGAUGUACAUUGGAUGGGGUCCGUUCAUCUAG